UAAGCACUGUACAUUUAUCAUGAGACUACAAGGUUAGAAGGUAAAAAGUAAUAAUUUAGAACUAUGUAUGUAUGGGGUACACUGUUGUAGGCAUUCUUUUUUAUUUUUAUUUUUUUUGCCCCAUAAUGUUAACUUUGCCUUGUAAUCUCAUGAUGUCUGGACAGUGGGCACCAGAUCAAUUAAACAGCAACUUGCAGAAAGGUGGGGCAAAGGGAAAACCCAUUUAACAUGUAUUUUACAGUGUUGUCUCCAGAGUCUCUAUGUGCACUCUAUUAACGUCAAAUUGUAUCACAACAGCCAAGCUUUCAUCAAAAAUAGUGACCCCAUAGUUUUUCGAUAGGGUGAUACAUUUUGAGUGACAGCACAAACAGGUUGCUAGUAGUGUGCAGGUCCGUCUUGUGGAGUCCCCACACCUCACCUGUCAAUAUUUGGUCAACCCAUCUGUCUUUUGAACCUCCAGCGUGCAGAUUUCUGUGUAACACCGGGGGCACGUGCAUGCCGUUCAGCAUUUCUCGCACCCUUCGUCCGCCGUCAGCCCGAGCCCUAAAUGAGUGACUUCGCGUGGAUGCGGUCGCCGCUGUUGAGCUGUCACUCUCCGGUGACCAGCUGACUCUGGAGGCUGGUUUUGUUGUUGCUCUGACGUCAGUGUGAGCUACAAUGAAGCUGACAACAUGGGUAUAAAAGCCGGUUUGAAGGCUGACGCUCGGGUGCUCCAAGCUCCUGCUAUGCACCGGGUUAACAUCAGGCUACCACAUCAGGGAGGGCUGAGGGGAGCAAGAUGCACUUUCUGAGCUUCACACCCAUCGUUCUACUACAGCUGACUUUUCACGCUGUACUGCAUGGUGCCAAAUGGACAUACAAUGGGCCAGAGGGAGAGCACAACUGGUCCAAGCGUUAUCCAUAUUGUGGUGGAGCUUUCCAGUCUCCAAUAGACAUCAAAUCAGAGUUGCUAAGGUUCGACCCAACUUUACAUCCAAUUGAGGUUCAAAACUACAACCUGUCGCCCAUUGAUCAGCUUACUCUUGGAAACAAUGGACAUUCUAUACAAGUAUCACUGCCCUCUAAGAUGUACAUCUCUAGCCUGCCACAUCGUUACACGGCAGCUCAACUCCAUUUCCACUGGGGCUCCUCCAGCAGACCUGCAGGCUCUGAACACAUGGUGAACAGUAAGCAGUAUGCAGCAGAGAUGCAUGUAGUACACUUCAAUUCAGACAAGUAUCCCAAUAUGUCCAUGGCUGUAGACAAAUCUGACGGCCUGGCUGUGCUGGGUGUCCUGAUUGAGGUUGGAGAGUCCAAUCCAGCAUUUGAACAGUUUCUGAAGUUCAUCAAUGGUAUCAAAUACAGGGAUCAGAGAGUGCAGGUGCCUGGUUUCAACAUCAGAGCACUGCUGCCUGAACGUUUGGAUGAGUAUUAUCGCUACGACGGGUCACUGACGACUCCUCCAUGCUAUCCCAGUGUCCUGUGGACAUUGUUCAGGAAUCAUGUUACAAUAUCUCGCAAACAGUUUCUGGCCCUGGCAACAGCCCUCUACUCCUCCCAUGCCCAGGACUCAGCCCCUGUGCCUCUGAAUGACAACUACAGGAAACCACAGCUCGCCAACAGCCGAGUUGUGCUGGUAUCUUUUAAGGAGGGCAGAGGACUGCACAGUACUCUUACAGUCACAUCUCCGCUCACGAGGAAACGAAUCGUUCAGCAGCUGCUGGUUGGCGACCUAGCUGACCUGGCUGAUGAAGGGCUCAAUCAGCUCCUACCAAGUGGCUCAGAGAAGCUUCAUGCUGGCAAGAAGAAAGACCUCAAAAACCAGCAGAGUGAGACGCUAGCCAAAUCCAAACAACAAAUGCUGAAUCCAUCCCUGUGGAAGAAGAGCCAGAACGACCGCUCUCUGGGAAAGUUAGGGCUGGCUGAAGACGCACUGUGCUACGUCUCGCUGGAGCAGAGAGUUUUACAUCAGCUCAAACAGUCCCACACUGAGAACCAGCUGGUUCAGGCUCUCAGUGAUGCAGUUUUCCCUGAGCUCAACCUCAAGAGCUACCUGGACUGUAAAUCAGACUUAGCCCUCCCCGCUAUCAGACAUAUUCUCCGUAGACGGCCAACAGAUGAGGCUUUUGAGUUAGAUCGCUCUCUGACAAAAGCCUUGAUGAAUCAGAGGAAGACUUCACCAGCAAUCAAGCAAAGUGUGCCAAUGACAAACUAUGGCGGUCUCCCCUAUGCUACUGUUCCCAGGAAACCACACAGCCAGGGUUAUCCACAUCCUUGGCUUUUGCCAAUGGAGUGGGAAGACUAGAGAGAUUCCUGACAUAGUUGAGACUCACAUUAUGUCACUUUUUGUAGCAGACAUCAGUUGUGUGUCCCACAAUGAAAGACUAAAGCCACAGCCUGCAUUCCUUUGACCAAACUUUCUCACAAAUGUAUUUAAUAUUAAAUUAUUAUUUCCAGUGUGUGAACAUAAUUAUAAAACGACUGUAAUAUGAGUUAAUUUACUGUAGUUAUUGUUUUAGAAAACAUACACCUAUGUAUAACCAGUCAUCACCCGUUACUGUUCUCAGUACUGUAAACAGAUUCUAAAACAUUAACCAAUUCUCAAUAUGUAGAUUUUUGGCCUGAAACAUUUACUUUUUCACAAUAGGCUUUAGGUAUGUUUGCAUAAUUUUGCCAAUACAGUGCUUUAAAAUAAAUUUCUACAAAGCACAUAUUUCAUGCUUGAAAAUCUAAAUGCAUCAAGCCACACGUGGUACAUAAAAUGUCUGGCAAAGAAUAUUUAUAGUGUUAUAUUGUACGCCAAGUUCAGUUCUAUAGUAUUUGAAUUGCAGAGCUAUACUAGUAAUUACUGUCUUGCACAAUGUAGAGAUGCAGCUCAACCAAAAGAAUUUACAAGAGCUUGAGUGCUUUACGUCAAAAUCCCUGUCUUCUGUUACAAUUUGUUCUUCUGUUCAAAAUGCCAUUUACAAUAAGCAAGGAAACAGCUAAUGUACAUGGGGAACUAUUUUAAAUAAAAGCAUUUUAAAUGAA